CAAGGCUCUCUGUAGACGGGCUCUGCUUCAACUCCCUGAGAUUUAAUGACAGUUUUGGGGAACUGGAUUUAUGAAGAAACACAUCGCUUUUCAUUUUUCAGCCAUUUUCAUAGCCAAGUGCAAAUCUAUCCCAAGACAACAAGUAUGCAAGACUCAACGGAGAUGUUACUCUUUCCCCUGUUGGAGGACCUGGUCAAGUCGAAAGCGUUGUGUGGAAAUUUGGGAAUGAUAAGGUUGUAGAGUAUGAUCCAGCCUUCGGAAAAAAAAUACUUUAUUAUGGAUCUUUUGUGGAACGAACAACGUUGGAUUUGAUAUCUGGCAACAUUACAAUAACUAAGUUGACUCACUAUGAUGAGGGAAAGUACUCAGUUGAGGUUAACAAUGUGUUGCUGAUGAAGACUUUUUCUCUUAAACUUUUGGAAAACGUCGGCAAACCAGUAAUCGAUCCCUCCCGAGAGGGAGACCAGAGUACUCUCACCUGUGAAGGAAAAGCCACAGAGUAUAGUAACUACAGCUGGUGGUCAGCAGAUAAUGCUUUGUUGGCUGCUGGUGACCAGCUGAGGGUCAACAAGACCGGCGACCCAAACAGGGGGUACAAGUGUACACUACACAACCCUGUCAGUGAGCAGACCAGUAACACUGCGCUUGAGGAAGAGUUGUUUCCCGCAGCUGUUCCUGUGUAUUGUCCACUCGGUGGGGAAGUUACUUUAAAUACAGUUGAAAAGCCUGCAGCAUUGUCUAGCAUAGAAUGGAUAUUUAACUCCUCGGAUUCAAUUGUUCUCUGGAAGAACAACACGUUACAUUUUUAUCGGGGAUUUCAGAACCGCACAUAUCUGAAUACUGAAACCGGCCAGAUUACUGUAGGCAGUUUAACAGCCGAAGAUGAUGGUGUCUAUUCAGCCAGGAUAAAUAACAGAGGCCUGGCAAAAAUAUACCAGCUGAAAGUCAUUGCACCUGUGUCCAAGCCAACAAUAACCUCGUCCUGUUCUGCCACUGUUUGUGUGCUGACCUGCAAGACUGAGAGCGCUAAAGUCCAGUGGUGGAUUGGUGGUGUAUGGCAAGAAGGGUCAGCCAAUCUCACUGUUGAGAAGGAAGUCAAUGAAGACCAGAGCUUCAGCUGUAGAGUCAGUAACCCUGUGAGCAGCGAGACCAGUGAUCACAUCUUUGUGAACAAUCUGUUUCACUAUGGUCUGGAAACCUGGAAGAUAAUUGUUAUUGUGAUUGCCGUGGUUUGCAUAGUUGCAGUGAUAGGCCUACUGGCAUACAUCAAAAGAGAUACACUGAUGACGCUGUGGAAUAAAUGAUGUGAAUUUACUCCUUUGAAGUAAAGGAGUUCAAGGGUCUUCAUUUUUUAUUGUAUGGUGCGAUGGUGGUAGCAUAGUGCUUAAGGAGCUGGGCUAGCAUGCAGUAACCAGAAAAGUUGUGGGUUCAGUUCCUGGCUUUCACAGUUGUACCCUUGAGCAAGUCACUUAACCCCUAGUUGCCCUGGGGAAACUGACCCUUGUGAUAAAAGCGUCUGCUACAUGUAAAUCAGGGAUUCCCAAACUGUGGUAUGUGUACCACCGGUGGUACACAAGCUUCCACUAGGGGGUACGUGAGAUGUCGGAAAGGUGUUAAAAAAAUAUAUUAAAAAAAAUCUUAAGCCUAUGUUCUCUUUGUUCUUUGUGUUUCAUCAUGUUUCACACUGUCUUUUUAGUGUGAGAGCUUAUAGACCAGUGCACAUUUUGAUUUUGUUAUUUGUUAUCAUGUAGCAUCAUGUAUCAUGUAAUUAAAUGAUGCCUGGAAUGUGUCAAUAGAAUGUGUUAAUGUUUUUAUGUGUCGGAUGGUGGGAGUACGCGAGUCAAGUCAGGAUGUAGGUGGUGGUACGUGGGAAAAAAAAUUUGGGAACCGCUGUGCUAAAUGAAUAAAUGUAAAAAUGUAAUAUGGGUACAGGGACAUUGGUGCCAUUUCUUCCAACUUUUUUAUGUGAUGUGAUUUUUAUGUGCCCAGAAUUUCCAUGUAAUGCUAUUGUUACGUCCCUGUGUGUUUUGUAUCAGUGCCUGCUUGCUUUGUUCUGUGUUCUCUGUUUUCUGUUUAUUUCAGACGGUCCCAUGGGCUAAUGACGCUAAAUGGCCUACAGGGUGAUUGAGGCACCACCCUUUUAAAAUGAAUGUGUUAUGUAAUGCACAUUUUUUAACUUUUGGGGUUUUGGGUUACUGCUGCUCUGCCACACGUUCCAGCAAUGCCACCACUCCCAGUCCAGUGAUGCCGCUCCUGCCCGCUCUCAGAGUGAGAGUCUGAAAGCCGGGGACUAUGGGCCUUUCGAGGCCUUUUGCUGGAGCUUUGUUUUGCAGCCUUAGUUUUUUGCUAUCAUACUAUUUGUGUUAAUAAAUACUUUAAAUUUA